CGCUCCUCUCUCCCUCUAGAGGGGCUCUCAUUGUUCGCGAUGGAAGGACCGUCCUCGGCCGCCGCCACCACCACCACCGAGAACCCCAGCCCUCCGGGGGCGGCGACAGCGGCGCCCCGCCAGACCUGCUUCGCCAGCCUCUUGAGCCGCGCCCGGGACAAACUCUGCACCUGGCACAUUGUGAAAACACUUGCCCUGGGCCAGAUGCUCUCCUUGUUCAUAUGCGGGACGGCAGUCACAAGCCAGUACUUAGCCGAACGCUUUCAGGUGAACACUCCAAUGUUGCAGAGUUUCAUCAACUAUUGCUUGUUGCUUCUAGUGUAUACGACAACUCUGGCCUGUAGGAAAGAUGGCGACAGUCUCCUGAAGGUUCUGAAGGGGAAAUGGUGGAAGUACAUUCUGCUGGGGCUGGUCGAUGUCGAAGCAAACUACACCAUCGUCAAAGCCUACCAGUACACCACCCUGACAAGCGUUCAGCUCCUUGACUGUUUUGGGAUUCCGGUGCUGAUGGCUUUAUCGUGGUUCAUCCUUCGCGCAAGAUACAAACUGAUCCAUUUCAUUGCUGUUGCUGUCUGCCUGCUGGGCGUAGGGACCAUGGUGGGGGCAGAUAUAUUAGCUGGGAGGCAAGAAGGUGAAGGGAGCAACGUGGUGAUUGGAGAUGUCUUAGUCCUUCUCGGCGCCUCGUUGUAUGCCAUUUCGAAUGUGAGUGAGGAAUACAUUGUGAAAAAUCUGAGCAGAGUGGAGUUUCUAGGAAUGGUGGGCUUGUUUGGGACUAUUAUCAGCGCCCUGCAGCUAGGCAUUGUGGAACAUAAAGACAUAGCUAAUAUUCAGUGGAACUGGAAAAUCGUCUUGCUCUUUCUGGCUUUUGCCCUCUGCAUGUUCGGGCUGUACAGCUUCAUGCCAAUAGUGAUCAGAGUUACCAGCGCCACAUCUGUCAACUUGGGCAUUCUGACAGCUGACCUCUACAGCCUUUUCUUUGGACUCUUCUUGUUUGGCUACAAGUUUUCAGUGCUGUAUCUCCUGUCCUUUGUGGUCAUCAUGGUGGGAUUCAUCCUUUAUUGCUCCACACCAACGCGCACGGCAGAGGCCAACUCGACCAGCUUGCCCCUCACCGCCAGUACUGGGUUUGACAACCUCGCCAUGAAAAUUGAAGAGAACCACCUGGAUGCCGCCGCCGUCUCACCUGCGCAGCAUAACAAAGAAGAAAGUGGGGCAGGGGAAAUGCUGGCCACUGAACUGUCAGCCUUGUGAGGCAGAGAGAGCCCUUGGAGGUGUGAGAAUGACUUUGAAGAUAUCCACAAACAAGAGCGAAUGGACAUGAGGCUGUGCUGGGAACCGGAGAGAGAGAGACCUGUCGGGGAAUCUGUGCUCAUGCCAAAGUCUGGGAUUUCACCGCUGCAUAGUCAGGCUGAGAUCCUUAAACGGAAUAAUCUGCAUUAAGUUACGUUCCCAGAAAAUCUGGACUUUGAGCUGUCGGAGGAAUGACUAAUUGGCAUGGCAGCUGAGGGGGGAGGAAGAGUCUAAUCAUUCUUUUUAGUAAAAACACGACUAACUUAAAAAAACA